CCGAGAAAGCAACAUGGGGCACCAGCAGCUCUACUGGAGCCAUCCGAGAAAAUUCGGCCAGGGUUCUCGUUCUUGCCGCGUCUGCUCAAACCGGCACGGUCUGAUCCGGAAAUACGGCCUCAAUAUGUGCCACCAGUGUUUCCGCCAGUACGCGAAGGACAUCGGCUUCAUUAAGUUGGACUAAGUGUGAACUUCUUGAAUGGGUCAUCACGCAUAUCUACCUUCCUCAGAA